GGGGCGGCUGUGUGUCGGGUGUUCACAGCAAGAAAUGGCUUAUUAGGAAAUGAUUCCUCUUAGCUAAUGGUUUGGAGAGAGACGCAGAUGUCAUUUGGCCGGGUAGCAGCACCUCCCAGAGCCAGAACAUCCUUUUCAGUGUAACGCAGCGCUGAGUGAGAGCAUGACUGCUCUCUCCGUUCUCUCUCUCUUUCUGUCUUGUUGCCCACUGCCACUUUCUUUCUUUUUUUUUUUUUUUCCAUCAGCUCCUCCCGCUCCCACUCCCUCUCCUCACUCGCUCUCCUUGCAUCCUCUCCAUCCUCCUCUUCUCGGAUGGUGUCCCACUUGCAGAGAUAUGAUCAGUUACAAACGGCGGCAGCACAAGCAGCAUCACCGAGAUCUCAGACUCUUAGCUGACUCCAGUACCAGGCUCAGCAGGUGUCCCCUCGACAUAUCCGACGCCAGGGGCUUAAUAGUACAAGGUGCAGCCGGAGGUGUGACACUGUCCCAGCUCGCGACACAUUGAUUCGCACAGGAUUAAGCCACUGGAUGGUGCUUGAGGUGGAGGACCUGAUACAUCUGAUUUACCCCGCCUGUCAGACUUAACGUCUUUGGAGGCCUCGUCUGCCUUGCCAGUGAAGCCACAGAAGGGCUGCUCCCUAACUGAACUGACAACAUUGCCCAAAGGGAUGACUGGAAAUCAUCUUGAUCAGGAGUAAGAGAGGACGCAAUGGGCUGGACUAUGACUUUAAAGGAUGACUUUGGGGUCAUUGUCUGGGCACGGGGAACUGGGAAACGCCUCUGUUUCUUCGUCCUCUGCUCGGUCUUACUCAUCCAUGUGCGAUCUGAUAUUGUCUUUCAUAUGGAUCAUCAGUUCACAUGGAAAACAGGCCAGUGGGGUCAUUGUAUGGGUGAAGAUUGCGGUUCCGGCGGAGUUCAAACCAGGACCGUCUGGUGUGUCCACACGGAAGGCUGGACCACCCACCGCUCUCACUGCAACCACAUGGACAAACCCGAGAGUCGGCGGCAUUGCUUUAAGGUGUGUGACUGGCACCAGGACCUCUUUGAGUGGGAGCUGUCCGCCUGGGAGGGCUGUGUUCUCGUACCUUUUUUUUCCAACGAGCUCAAGCUACGGACCACGGAGUGCAUUACAGCUCAGCAUGGGAUCCAGAGACGCAAAGUGCAAUGUCUGCGCACUUCAAACCGCACCGCGGUCACUUCGAGGAUAUGUGACUUCUUUUCCCAGAGACCACCAGUGGAGCAGGCAUGUCUCAUCCCCUGCCCGCAGGACUGCGUCGUUUCGGAUUUCACCUCAUGGUCGGGUUGUAGUAGGACAUGCGGCAGCGGCCUGCAGCAUCGGACUAGACAUGUUCUGACCACGCCUAUGUACGGCGGCGCCAACUGUCCAAACCUGACCAAAACCAGGACUUGUUCUGGGUCUGUCGACUGCCCUGCCGGGGAGGAUGAGUACCAGUAUAGCCUUAAAGUAGGAGCCUGGAGCGAAUGUAGGCUCCCUCAUCACAAAGAUGACCUAUUGAACGGUCGGACCAUUGUGGAUUUCAGUAGUAACAAGGAGAACAAUACAGUCAUGCUGCCCAGACAUGACUCCCUUGACCGUCAACACCAUCACGACCAUCGUCACCAUCGCAAAUACCACAUGUCGUGGGAGCUGGAGGUGGGAUACCAGACGCGGCAAAUCCGUUGCACACGCAGUGAUGGGAAGAACGCAAUGAUGAGCCUCUGCGCCAAGUACAACUCUCCCGUGACCUACCAAGCCUGCGUGAUGCCCAAAGACUGUCACACCUCUGAUUGGCUUUCAUGGAGUCCCUGCUCGAAGACCUGCCGAUCUACCGACCUAUCUCCCGGGUACCGUCUGCGGUCACGAGUCGUAACACGGAUCCCACUGAGCGGGGGCAAUAAAUGUCCUGUCCUUGAGGAAAAGGAAGCUUGCAACAUUAUCGGGGAUUUGCUUCCAUCCUGUCCGAGGUAUGAGUGGAGGACCACCGACUGGAAUGAAUGCUUGGUUUCCUCUUUACUGAGCAAACUUGACCGGCGCUUGGCUAACAUCAGUAGUCUCUGCGGAGGUGGGGUGCAUACCAGAAAGACAUACUGCGCUCAAGUUCUUGAUGACUCAACUCCAGAUCACAGGAAAGAUGUGUCCAGGCCUGUGACUGCCAGACUGUGUGCGGGUCAAGAAGCCCCCCCGGCGGUCAAGAACUGCUCCAUUCCCUGCCAACAUCGCUGCCUGCUCUCCCACUGGUCAUCCUGGGGCACCUGCGUACAUGACAGCUGUGAAGAUCCACAGGGGAAGAAAGGUUUUAUACAAAGGAGAAGAGAGGUGCUGUGGGCAUCCAGCAGCAGUCCACUGGAUGUCUGCCCUCAUCUGGUGGAAUCCAUCCCCUGCGAGGAUCCAGCUUGCUACCUGUGGCAAAUACAGCAAGGCGAAUGUACACCCAACAAAAGCACUUGUGGUCCUGGAACUUCGGUCCAAAGUGCAAAGUGCAUCAGUGCUGAAGGCGAGGAUGUGCCCACGACGUACUGCACGGAAAACCCUCCACCGACGCAGGCGCCUUGCGAGGUGGUUUGUCCUGCCGACUGCGUUCUUAGCCUCUGGUCCUCCUGGUCCCCCUGCUCACACAGUUGUGCUUCGAAAACAGCAGAGGGUCGACAAAGUCGCACUCGUACUGUCUUGGCCCUCCCUGGAAAAGUAGGGCUAAAUGCUGGAGUCCAUUGUAAAUGUUUGUCCCUUAGUCAAGGCCAAACCGGGAACAGAAUGUUCCCAAGAUGUAAAGUGUCAAGGGCACAAAGAGAACACAUAGAUGGGAAAGAGUGUCCAGGAGCUCCAGCUUUGGAGGAGUGGAGAGUUUGCAAUGACCAUCCCUGCUUGGUUUUCUAUUGGGAGGCUUCAAUAUGGGGGCCCUGCAUUAAUGAUAGUGCGGAUUACAACCGAACUUACUUCCGGAAUGGCACCGCCACUUGUGCUAUGGGAGUCCAAAUUCGUAAAGUCACUUGCAUGAAGAUGGUGAAUGGUGGAUCUGUUGUCAGCAAAAGAUGCCCAGAUUCUGCUCGUCCGGUAGCGAUCCGGCCCUGUGUUCUUCCCUGCGUGAAAGACUGCAUUGUGACACCCUUCAGUGAAUGGACGGCCUGCCCAUCAACCUGCAUGCCAGAAAAUGCUACUUCUGCCACACAGUCUCGGUACCGGACUAUCAUUCAGAAGUCUGCUAAUGGAGGCCAAGAGUGCCCUGACACUCUUUAUGAAGAGAGGGACUGUGAAUCACUCCGGUCAUGUCCAAUUUACAGGUGGAGGAUACACAAAUGGCACGCCUGUACCUUGGUUCCUGAAUCCAUCCAACGUAGCUUAUCUGGAAAAGCAGAAUCCUGCGGAAACGGCUUGGAAACAAGAGGACUCAGUUGCGUCGGGGAGGAUGAUGAGGCGGCCAAUUUGACAGAGUGCCUGCGCUGGGCCACCGGUCCUUUGCCUACUCAGAUCCGAGCGUGUCGAGUGCCAUGCAAGGAUGACUGCACUCUAACGGCUUGGUCCAAGUUCUCCGAGUGCACGGGAUGUGGCGGCUUCCAAAGUCGCAAGCGCUCACUCACAGGUCGCAGCAAAAAGAAGGAACAUUGCCUGAAUGAGGCGUUAUAUCCUCUCGAAGAGAAAGAGCCUUGUCCCUGUGAGGAGUACUUGUCCCAACCUUUCGGGAACUGGUCUGAUUGCAUCCUCCGCGAACCUUCCACUCCGGGGUCGCUGCACAUUUGGAUGAGCCACCAGGAAGUAAAGGAGUGUGGUCAGGGUCUACGUUACAGAGCUGUGGCCUGCAUCGAUCAGCAAGAACGCCUGGUCCAGCCGACGCUGUGUACAGAGACCGGCUACACGGUGGAGUUGUGCCACAUCCCGUGCCCCCUCGACUGUAAGCUCAGCGAUUGGUCGGCGUGGUCGCCCUGCAGUUCAUCAUGCGGCCCCGGGCUGAAGGUCAGAUCCAAGUGGCUGAGGGAGAAGGCUUUUAACGGGGGCCGUCCGUGUCCCAAAUUGGAUCUGAAGAACCAGGUAAAUGAAGCAGUGCCAUGCCACAGCGAGUGCAGCAAAUAUCAAUGGAAGAUCGAGCCCUGGUCCAUUUGCACCAUCAACACUGUGGGCGACUCGCCAUCCUGUGGGGAGGGAGUCCAAAGCCGCAAGAUCAGGUGUGUGAAGACAGGAACAAGCGGGGAGGUCAGUACUGUGGAGGACAGUCAAUGUGAUCAAGAAGAAAUGCCGCCCAGAGCCCAAGUCUGCUUUCUGGCCUGUCACAACGACUGCGUCUUAUCACCCUGGGAACCUUGGAGCAACUGCCCGCUGCAGUGUGACCGAGGUUCAGAGAGAAACCGGAGCAGACAUAUCCUCCGCCUCCCUGCCGUGGGAAGUGCAACCUGUCCGGAAAUUGUGCAGUCAGAAAGUUGUAUCCUCAACAGCUCCUGUUUCACUUAUCAAUAUCGCGUCUCAGAAUGGAGUACAUGUCGGCUGAGUGAAAAUGCCAUCUGUGGCGGAGGUGUCAGGCAACGACUUCUCGACUGCAGCCGCAGCGAUGGGAAGAUUGUGGACUUGCAAAAGUGUGAGCAGCUUGGACUGAUCAAGGACUGGAAGUUGGUGGAGAGCUGCGUGGUCGACUGUCCGGUCAGCUGUGUCCUUUCUGAUUGGUCGCCAUGGGGACAAUGCUCGCAUACCUGUGGCAGCCAAGGGCAAUCCGUGCGAACUCGGAGAACGUUGCGGGAGGCUCACGAGGAAGGUCGGCCUUGUCCCAACCAGCUCAUCCAGACAAGGCCAUGUCCCAUAAGUCCUUGCUACAUGUGGCUGCUCAGCGACUGGUCCCCGUGUGCCAUAGAGGGCGCAGACUGUGGCGAGGGGCUUCGGAGAAGAAACCUAUCGUGUGUCACUCACAAGGGCAACCCCACCGUGUCUCCUCCUCUGCCAGUGGCAGAGAAAUUUUGUGGUGAGAAACUGAGGCAGGAAAUCCAACAGGAUGUGGAGCAGCCCUGCUUUGUUCCCUGUCAAGGUGACUGCCAUUUGGCUGAAUGGUCAUCUUGGAGCUCUUGCCAAUUGACUUGUGUGGAGGGGCGGAGCUUUGAAAGCACAGGACGCCAAACCCGUUCCAGAGCGGUGAUCAUUCAAGUCACCGAGAACCAAGACAGUUGCCCACAGCAAGUCUUUGAGACACAGCCAUGUAAAGGAGGCCAGUGCUACAGUUACCAGUGGAGAACAGGAGAAUGGAACAAUAAUGAGAGAGCAGUGUGGUGUCAGCGUUCAGAUGGUGUAAUUGUCACAGGGGGGUGUUUCCCGCAAAAAAGACCGAGCAUGAUUCGGCACUGCCAUCCACCGUGCACCAAGCCCUUCUCACACUGCACGUCGAGUGGGGUAUGUGGUUGUGAGAAGGGUUACACCGAAGUGAUGACCACCCACGGCUUCCUGGACUACUGUACUCGAACACCGGGCGCAGACACCAAUAAGAAAGCUGACGUGAAAACCAACUCGGGAAGAUUAAAACCAUCCCGGGCCCGAGACCGUCUCACAGAGUGGACCUUACGACCCGUGGGCCCAGAUGGAGGAGUAAAGCUGUGGGUUUACGCCGUGACUGUGGUUGGAUUCAUCUUAAUACUCUUCAUUAUUGCAUUCUCGUUCCUGGUCUGUAAACCAGCCAAAAUGACGACACCUCCGCCACAGAAGCCUUUGACCCUGGCCUAUGACGGUGACAUAGAUAUGUAACCACAUUGGUGUUCUCCAUACGAAUGGCCUCCACCGCCUUUUGGCCGGACUCAUUCAGGCGGUACGAACGGACCGAGGUACUCCGACAGAGUCGCACAAAUAACAAUCGCUGUUGAAUGACACACUCACACAUAGUAAAUUGCUCCUUGAAAGAAGAGCCUGAGAAGUCAAAGUUGCAACAUGGAGGCAGCGCUGCAGGCUGGCUUGCAAACCUGAAAUCAUCACAGCUUGCAAAAGCUGAAUCAUUUUUAGUUUUAUUUUAUGGUCGUGUAUAUGUUUGCUAAAAAUCAGAAGGACCAAACGAAGAUGUGGUUGUCUCUUAAUGGACAUAUUAAAAAUUCAUGACAUACAGAGACUGAACAUGGAACACUUUUCUCAUCCUCGUUGGAAAUUUAUCAAGGAAAUGUCCACUUUUUUUGUGUAACCAGCCUUUUUUCGGAGAAUAAACAAACAAAAAAAAUGCUUUUAUGCACUACAUUAGUGCUGAUUCACGAUUCCCUUUCCUUUGAAAUGACUUUUAUAGUGUUUGAAAUGUUUAUGCAAGUCGUUGCUGUUGGAUUGUACUUUGUUGACGAUGCCAUACUGUAUGUUGUGUAGACGUGGAAACCAAAAGCAGGCUUGCCUCCAGUUUAACAAUUCUCAUUUUUCCUACGCAAAUGUCAUUAGAAGCCGAUAAAAGUGAACAUCAUUUCAGUGGGAUUGCUGAAUGUCACGUGAACUUAGAUCAUACAAAAGGUAUAGGAAUGUCAGGAAGAGAAAGAUACACAGUUUGGAAUUCUUUGGGUAAUGACAUGAUGGGUCAUCAUUUUGCCUUUCUACUCCCCCACAAUUGAUAUGAAAUAAAACAAUCACUUUGCAAAUAGAGCAAAGGCUUUCAGCUAGAUUUUGAGAUUUUCCACAUAUAUUCAAGCUGUCAACCUUCAAAGAGUCUUUCUUUUCUUUCAUAUUUAGUUUGCUCAGCUGUACUGAGAAGCAGAAGAAUGCAAUUCUUCUUCAAGGAUUUGGGGGCGGGGGGGGGGUCUCUUAAAGUUUUUUUGUGUGUCAUUAUUGCUCAAAUAAUAGAUUGUACUUGUAUAAAAAUAAACAAAAGAACAAAGUUGGAAAUCACAAAUUACUCGUUUGUUCAUUUCCGGACCAACUUUUGGAUCUAAUUUGAUUUGCGAGAAACCACCGCGCCCGACAACCAACCAACCAAUCAGCGACAAAAAAGGGUAACUGACAAGGCCUCAAUCAUUUCUCAUUUACACCUCGAAGCCUCAUGCCAGUAUUUUCCUAGUUGCACAUAAAAUAUACAGUUUGAACUAAAUGACAAACGCUAACUCCGCUAAUAAAGGGUAAAUAUAUAUUUUUUAAUCCCUUUUUUUUUUUAAAUCUUCUCGCAGCUUGAUUGUUUUAGUUCAAACUCGUAUUAGUAAAGGCAAAAUCAUGAACACUGUUGUCCAAAUUCAAUUUUCCAUUCACCUAUUUAGUUCUCUUUUUAUUACAAGUUAUCUUAUUCCUCAUCAUGCACAAGCAAGUAUUCUUUGCUAGGUGACACGAAGGACAAUUAAAAACCAAAUAUUUGAAAGCACAAAUGAAGUCAUUUAUUUUCUGUAUAUCUGCUUUUAUUCUCAUAUCCACCAUUUGCUUAUGCAAAAAAAAAAAGAAGUUUACCACCAAACUAUCAUCUCGAUGGAUCCUGCAAUCAAGAUCAACUCCUACAUUUCCAACCUUUAGUGCAUUAUUCAUAUGACGGAAUGGAUUAUUGAGUGAUAGUAGGCAGCUGACAACAGUGUACCCUACCUUUUUUUUUUUUUUCCUCCUGCCUCCACAAAUUGAAUAUUUGCUCUGGUGUUACCUGACCUCCUUCUGAAUGUAUUACCGGUAACUAUCACCCGUGGUUGUUACUCGAUGUAGCAAUUGUAUUUCAGCAGCUGAUUGUGCGCAGGUAAGCUUGAUGUAUUCUGAAACAGAAAUGCUCAAAGUGGCCUUGAAAAAAAUGCUCUGUUUUAAUAGUUGUGACAAGUUCAAAAGAUGCAGUCAUGAAAUUGGAUCAAACUGUGAACUAUGGAUCAUUUCUAAAGACCAUGAACAUAUCAACUUUGCUGGCAUUUCAUUAUUUCUCCUGAUUAUAGAUUGGCUUGUGCCCCUUAUUGUUUUUCAAAUAUCAUGCUAUUUGUGUUACUAUUGUGUGUAUUGGAGAUCUGAACACUGAUGCAAAUAAAUUGUG